GAGGACCAGAUGUGGGCCACAGCUAAGUUAAUGCGAGACGUGUGUCUGCCAAGAUUUCCAAAAAUUAGCUUUGAACUAGCUGAUCAAUUGCGUGACGGCAAUAUACCGGACAACAACAAAGAUGUAAAAUGCUACAUUAAUUGUGUAUUAGAAAUGAUGCAAACGAUGAAGAAGGGCAAAUUCCUGUUUGAUGCCUCAUUG